AUGGAAAGGUCCAUCCAACUCCUGGCCUGCAUGGCGUGCAUUGUCCCGAUCGGAUCAUUUUUGAGAACUAAAAGAGAUACUACUGAGAACUUGUUCAACACAGAGGUGCACAGCGCGCCGGCGCAGCGCUGGUCCAUGCAGGUGCCGGCCGAGGUGAGCGCGGCGGCGGGCGAUGCAGCGGUGCUGCCCUGCAGCUUCACGCACCCGCACCGCCACUACGACGGGCCGCUGACGGCCAUCUGGCGCGCGGGCGAGCCCUUCGCGGGCCCGCAGGUGUUCCGGUGCGCGGCGGCGCGCGGCAGCGAGCUGUGCCAGACGGCGCUGAGCCGGCACGGCCGCCUCCGGCUGCUGGGCAACCCGCGCUGCGGCGACCUCUCGCUGCGCAUCGAGCGCCUGGCGCUGGCCGACGACGGCCGCUACUUCUGCCGUGUCGAGUUCGCUGGGGACGUCCACGACCGCUACGAGAGCCGCCACGGCGUCCGGCUGCGCGUGAGCGCUGCGCCGCGGAUCGUCAAUAUCUCGGUGCUGCCGGGCCCCGCGCACGCCUUCCGCGCGCUCUGCACGGCCGAAGGGGAGCCGCCGCCCGCCCUCGCCUGGUCUGGGCCCUCGCUGGGCAACGGCUCGGCUGCCGUGCCGGGUCAGAGUCACGGCCACCAGGUGACCGCCGAGCUGCCCGCGCUGACCCACGACGGCCGCUACACGUGUACAGCCGCCAACAGCCUGGGCCGCGCCGAGGCCAGCGUCUACUUGUUCCGCUUCCACGGCGCCACAGGGGCCUCGGCGGUCGCCCUCCUGCUGGGCGCACUCGGCCUCAAGGCGCUGCUGCUGCUCGGGGUCCUGGCUGUUCACGCCGCCCGCCGCAGUCUAGAGCAUCUGGCCACCCAGGGCACCCCUCCACGGCCCCAGGCUCAGGAGUCCAGUUAUGAAAAUUUGAGUCAGAUGAACCCCCAGCGCCAACCAGCCACUGCGUGUUCCCCGUUAGGCACCGUUCGGCCACCAGCAUCCAUUUGUGCGCUCCUAUCCCAAGUCCUGCCUGCCAGUGAUCUCAAAGGGCCCCCAGAGCUGAAGAUUGCCCAGGAGAGUCCUCGUGGAGACAUUGGCCCCACACUUUCACCAGAAGCAGCUGUGACCUGA